AUGCCCACUUACACAUCAAUCCAUCUUGCCGAACGGCCACAGGACGCUGUUGUCGCCGGCAAGACCUUCACACCAAAACAGCAAGAAAUCCCAUCGGCGUCGUCCCUCAAAGAUGGUGAGGUCCUCUUCCAGACACUUUACCUAUCACUUGACCCAGCGAUGCGCGGCUGGCUGAACCCGACGCGUUCUUACAUUCCUCCUGUGGAGAUUGGCGCAGUGAUGCGCGGUAGUGGAAUUGGCCUCAUUGUCGCAAGCAAGAGCAAGAAGUUCCCGGUUGGCACAUAUGCGACUGGUAUGUGCGGGUGGUCUGAAUACUCCGUACUUAACGAGAAACAUGUCGAAUCACUGGAUCUGCCAGAAGGUGCUGUGCCAACUGACGCGCUGGGCGUGUUGGGUAUGACUGGUCUCACUGCCUACUUCGGUAUCCUUGAGAUUGGUCAAAUCAAAAAGGGAGACUUUGUGGUUGUCAGCGGCGCAGCUGGCGCUACUGGAACUGUCGUUGGUCAAAUCGCAAAGUUGAAGGGCGCAAAGGUUUUGGGUCUUGCUGGCGAGGACAGCAAGGUGUCGUGGCUGAAGGAGGAGCUUGGCUUCGACGAGGCACUGAACUACAAAGACCCCCAAUUCGCGAAGAAGUUCAGAGAUGCCACCAAAGACCUGAUCGACGUCUACUUCGACAACGUAGGUGGAGAGAUUCUCGACCUCGCUCUCUCACGAGCCAAGCCUUUCGCGCGGUUCGUCAUGUGCGGUGCCAUUUCAGAGUAUAACAAGAAGAAGCCUCAGGGUCCAAAGAACUACAUGAUGAUCAUCUCCAUGCGUAUUCGUAUGCAAGGGUUCAUCGUUUUCGACUUCGCAGACAAGUACGCGGAAGCAAGGAAACAACUUGCUCAAUGGCUCUCAGAAGGCAAGCUCAAGCGGAAGGAGACAGUCAUCAAGGGAGGUAUCACCAAAGCGGAGGAUGCACUAGUUGGAUUGUUCGAGGGAAAGAACACUGGCAAAAUCAUGGUGCAGGUGGCGGACCCAGAAGCUGUCAAGGCAAAACUGUAG